AUGAGCAACGAAAAAGGUGAAAGGGUAGAGUUCGAAGACACUCUUGAGCAGGCGCAACAACGAGCCAUGGAUUCCUAUCGCGAGUGGCCGCGGAUGGGUUUCGAAGAGUUUAUGGAGCUUUCUCCCGUCCCAGAAGACACCCAUAAGCAAGGACCGGGUGUAAAACGAUACAUGAGCCGCCAGCCAGCAUGGAUGGCAGGCAACGAGCUGCCUUGGGAUGCGCUGUUCCAAAACUUAAAGGGUCCUCGGCCGAGACACAGUGGACUAGGUGUAUUUGGCGGAUGCGUAUAUGCCCAAGCGCCUUUAGCUGCUGCGAGGGCCAUCGAAGAAGAAGAGAGGCAACAAGCUGCUGAGACUGGUGUUGUCAAGCCUGUGCCUGGAAUCCACUCGAUACAAGGCAUUUUCACAAUCCCAGGGCUCGGUGACCGGCCGUUCGUGUACGACGUCACCAAUAUAGUAUCUGCUCGCUCGUUCUUUGGGCGUCAAGUCAAUGUCCGACAGCCGAAACAGCCUUCCUCGAAUCCAACUGGUCCAUUUCCGGAUUCAGACGCCGAACUCCCUCUCAACGAUGUUUGCUUCAGCUGCAUCACUACCUUCAAGCGGCCCGCGGAAGGGGCAGACGACGUCCAGUCAUCCAUGUCUGCUCAGAAACGAUACGCAGAUAUACUGUCACAACGAGCUCCCGAUGAAUGGGAGCCUGCACCACAAUCCGAUAUCGACAUCAUCACCUCGCUUUUCAAAGAUUACAAAGGCCACGGAGCGUUUCCGAUGCUAGACAUGUACAAGGUCGACAUGACGGACUACAACGACGACAAGGACGUUCCAGACCGCCGCCAGUUAAUGCUGUACAGACCUCUUAAGCCUAUCCCAAAGGAAGACGUCAACGGGCAUAUUGUCUGUCAUGCUUUUGAAGCAGACAGGAACGGGCUGAUCAUGCUUGGAAACCAUAUGGGUUACGGGUUCAACAUGGGCAUGGCCGCCAGUCUCAGCUAUUCGUUCUAUGUGCACACCAACCCUGAAGAUGCGGUGAUGGAUGCUGAAGGGUGGUGGAUCCAGGAGAUAAACUGGCCUAGAGUUAGUGCAAACAGAUGCAUGAUGGAGAGCAAGAUUUGGAGUCCAGAGGGUAAACACGUGGCUAGUGCGUACCAAGAUGGUAUGCUUGUGCCGGCACGAGGGCCUAUGGAGGUGAAGGAAUCAAAGCUGUAG